AUGGACAUAAAAGAUCGAAGGCACCGUUCUCUGACAAGAGGCCGGUGUGGGAAGGAAUGCCGCUAUACAAGUUCUUCGCUGGACAGUGAGGACUGCAGAGUGCCUACUCAGAAGUCCUAUAGUUCAAGUGAGACACUGAAAGCUUAUGAUCACGACACCAGAAUGCACUAUGGGAAUCGAGUUACUGACCUAGUUCACCGAGAGUCUGAUGAGUUUCCAAGACAAGGAACUAACUUCACCCUUGCUGAACUAGGAAUUUGUGAGUCCUCUCCCCAUCGAAGUGGAUACUGCUCAGACAUAGGAAUACUACAUCAAGGUUAUUCCCUCAGCACUGGAUCGGAUGCUGAUUCAGAUACAGAGGGAGGAAUGUCUCCAGAGCAUGCCAUACGACUAUGGGGUAGAGGGAUUAAAUCCAGGCGCAGUUCCGGUCUCUCAAGCCGUGAAAAUUCUGCCCUUACCCUGACUGAUUCUGACAAUGAAAAUAAAUCAGAUGAGGAAAACGAUUUUCAUACACAACUUUCUGAGACAUUGAAAGACAGACAGACUGGCUGGCAGCAGCUGGCUGAAACAAAGAACUCUCUAAUACGUCGUCCCAUUCCACCUACAUCAUCGUCUAGCCUUCUCCCUUCUGCUCAGCUGCCCAGUACCCAUAAUCCACCACCAGUUAGCUGCCAGAUGCCCUUGCUAGACAGCAAUACUUCCCACCAAAUCAUGGAUACCAACCCCGAUGAAGAGUUCUCCCCAAAUUCAUACCUGCUAAGAGCAUGCUCAGGGCCACAACAGACUUCCAGCAGUGGCCCUUCAAAUCAUCACAGCCAAUCAACUCUGAGACCACCUCUCCCACCACCUCAUAACCACACUCUGUCACAUCAUCACUCCUCUGCCAACUCCCUCAAUAGGAACUCCCUCACAAAUCGGCGGAACCAGAUCCACGCACCAGCUCCUGCACCGAAUGAUUUGGCAACCACUCCUGAAUCUGUCCAGUUACAAGACAGCUGGGUGCUUAAUAGCAAUGUGCCACUUGAGACCAGGCAUUUCUUAUUCAAGACAUCUUCUGGAACAACUCCUCUGUUCAGUAGUUCUUCCCCUGGAUACCCUUUGACCUCAGGAACAGUUUACACACCACCUCCCAGAUUGUUACCUAGAAAUACUUUCUCCAGAAAUGCAUUCAAGCUGAAAAAGCCCUCCAAGUAUUGUAGCUGGAAAUGUGCUGCUUUAUCAGCUAUCGCUGCAGCAGUCUUGCUUGCCAUCCUGCUGGCCUAUUUCAUAGCAAUGCAUAUGCUUGGGCUAAACUGGCAGCUACAACCAGCAGAUGGACACACCUUCAACAAUGGGAUAAGGACUGGUUUGCCAGGCACUGAUGAUGUAGCAACAUUGCCAUCUGGAGGUAAAGGACCUUGGGCAAUUAGAAACAACAGCAUAGAUAGUGGGGAAGCAGAGGUUGGACGGAGGGUCACCCAGGAAGUACCACAAGGAGUAUUCUGGCGGUCACAAAUCCAUAUCACACAGCCACAGUUCCUGAAAUUCAACAUUUCCUUAGGGAAGGAUGCACUUUUUGCAGUCUAUAUAAGAAGAGGACUUCCACCUUCACAUGUCCAGUAUGAUUUUAUGGAGCGUUUGGAUGGGAAAGAGAAAUGGAGUGUGGUGGAGUCUCCGCGGGAACGUCGAAGUAUCCAGACCCUUGUGCAGAAUGAAGCUGUGUUUGUUCAAUAUUUAGAUGUGGGAUUGUGGCAUCUUGCCUUUUAUAAUGAUGGCAAAGAUAAGGAGGUGGUGUCUUUCAACACUGUUGUCUUGGAUUCUGUGCAGGACUGCCCACGUAAUUGUCAUGGGAAUGGUGAAUGCGUGUCUGGAAUCUGUCAUUGUUUUCCCGGCUACCAUGGAGCUGAUUGUGCUAAAGCUGCUUGCCCAGUUCUAUGCAGUGGCAAUGGACAAUACACCAAAGGAGCCUGUUUGUGCUACAGUGGCUGGAAGGGGCCAGAGUGUGAUGUACCCAUCAGCCAGUGUAUUGAUCCUUCAUGCGGGGGCCAUGGUUCUUGCAUUGAAGGGAACUGUGUCUGCUCUGUUGGCUACAAAGGCGAAAACUGUGAAGAAGUUGAUUGCUUGGAUCCCUCCUGCUCCAACCAUGGUGUCUGUGUUAAUGGAGAGUGUCUCUGCAGCCCAGGCUGGGGAGGUUUAAACUGUGAACUUCCACGUGCCCAGUGCCCAGACCAGUGCAGUGGGCAUGGCACGUACCUUGCUGACACAGGUCUCUGUAGCUGUGAUCCCAAUUGGAUGGGCCCUGACUGCUCCGUUGAAGUGUGCUCUGUAGACUGUGGCACUCAUGGUGUCUGCAUUGGCGGAGCAUGUCGCUGUGAAGAGGGCUGGACAGGGGUAGCUUGUGACCAACGUGUUUGCCAUCCCCGCUGCACGGAGCAUGGAACCUGUAAAGAUGGGAAAUGUGAAUGUCGAGAGGGCUGGAAUGGGGAGCACUGCACCAUUGGUAGGCAAACGACAGCCACCGAAACAGAUGGCUGCCCUGAUUUGUGCAAUGGCAAUGGGAGAUGCACACUCGGUCAGAACAGCUGGCAGUGUGUCUGCCAGACCGGCUGGAGAGGGCCUGGAUGCAAUGUUGCUAUGGAAACCUCCUGUGCUGAUAACAAGGAUAAUGAGGGAGAUGGUCUUGUUGACUGCUUGGAUCCAGACUGCUGCCUUCAAUCAACAUGUCAGAAUAGCUUGCUCUGCCGUGGCUCACGUGACCCCCUAGAUAUUAUACAGCAAAGUCACUCUGGUUCACCAGCUGUAAAGUCAUUCUAUGAUCGAAUCAAACUCUUAGUGGGGAAAGACAGCACUCAUAUAAUCCCAGGAGAAAAUCCCUUCAACAGCAGUCUUGUGUCCCUUAUUAGAGGCCAAGUGGUAACUACAGAUGGAACACCACUAGUUGGAGUCAACGUGUCAUUUGUCAAGUAUCCAAAGUACGGCUAUACCAUCACUCGCCAGGAUGGCACGUUUGACUUGAUUGCAAAUGGAGGAGCAUCUCUGACUCUGCACUUUGAGCGAGCCCCAUUCAUGAGCCAAGAAAGAACAGUGUGGCUGCCGUGGAACAGCUUCUAUGCCAUGGACACACUUGCAAUGAAGACUGAAGAGAACUCUAUUCCUAGUUGUGAUUUAAGUGGUUUUGUGCGACCUGAUCCUGUUAUAAUUUCGUCACCACUUUCCAUAUUCUUCAGUGAAGCUCCUCAUCAAAACCCCAUAGUUCCAGAGACCCAGGUUCUUCAUGAAGAAAUUGAAGUCCCGGGCUCCAACACAAAACUCUGCUAUCUGAGUUCCCGUACUGCUGGAUACAAAUCUUUGCUUAAGAUCACCAUGACACAGACUCUUGUACCUCUGAAUUUAAUUAAAGUUCAUCUCAUGGUAGCAGUAGAAGGGCAUCUCUUUCAAAAGUCAUUCCAAGCAUCCCCCAACUUGGCCUAUACAUUUAUUUGGGACAAAACUGAUGCCUACGGUCAGAAGGUUUAUGGGCUCUCAGAUGCUGUAGUAUCUGUGGGAUAUGAGUACGAAACCUGUCCCAGUCUAAUUUUAUGGGAGAAAAGGACCGCUCUGCUGCAAGCAUUUGAACUUGACCCCUCAAAUCUAGGGGGCUGGUCUUUAGAUAAGCAUCAUGUGCUUAACAUAAAAAGUGGUAUUCUGCACAAAGGCAGUGGAGAGAAUCAGUUUCUUACUCAACAGCCAGCUGUGAUCACCAGCAUCAUGGGUAAUGGUCGGAGGAGGAGUAUCUCUUGCCCAAGCUGUAAUGGACUUGCAGAAGGAAACAAACUUCUGGCCCCUGUGGCACUUGCUGUAGGAAUUGAUGGAAGCCUCUUUGUUGGGGAUUUUAAUUACAUUCGACGCAUUUUUCCCUCAAGAAAUGUUACCAGCAUUUUGGAAUUAAGAAAUAAAGAGUUUAAACAUAGCAACAACCCCGCCCACAAAUACUACCUAGCUGUGGAUCCUGUUUCGGGCUCGCUUUAUGUGUCAGACACGAACAGUCGCCGUAUUUACAAAGUUAAAACCCUUACUGGUGCCAAAGACUUAGCUGGUAACUCUGAAGUGGUGGCAGGGACAGGAGAGCAGUGCCUACCUUUUGAUGAAGCCAGAUGUGGCGAUGGAGGGAAAGCAGUGGAUGCAACUCUAAUGAGCCCACGAGGAAUUGCAGUGGAUAAGUAUGGCCUUAUGUAUUUUGUUGAUGCCACAAUGAUACGGAAAGUUGAUCAGAAUGGAAUCAUAUCAACUCUGCUGGGCUCCAAUGACCUAACUGCUGUUCGGCCGCUAAGCUGUGAUUCCAGCAUGGAUGUCACCCAGGUGCGUCUGGAAUGGCCAACCGAUCUUGCUGUCAACCCAAUGGAUAAUUCUUUGUAUGUACUGGAGAACAAUGUCAUUUUGCGGAUCACCGAGAACCAUCAGGUUAGCAUCAUCGCUGGCCGGCCGAUGCACUGUCAGGUUCCUGGUAUAGACUACUCCCUCAGCAAACUGGCCAUUCAUUCUGCACUGGAAUCAGCCAGUGCUAUUGCCAUCUCACACACUGGAAUUCUUUACAUCAGUGAGACAGAUGAGAAAAAAAUUAACCGGCUUCGCCAGGUCACCACUAAUGGCGAGAUUUGCCUACUGGCUGGAGCAGCUUCAGACUGCGACUGCAAAAAUGAUGUCAACUGUAAUUGCUAUGCAGGUGAUGAUGCUUAUGCCACCGACGCCAUCUUAAAUACCCCAUCCUCCUUAGCUGUGGCACCAGACGGCACUAUUUAUAUAGCAGAUCUUGGAAAUAUACGUAUCAGGGCUGUCAGCAAAAACAGGCCUGUCCUUAACUCUUUCAACCAGUAUGAAAUUGCAUCUCCAGGAGAGCAGGAACUCUAUGUCUUCAACACUGAUGGCAUCCACCAGUAUACCCUAAGCCUUGUUACAGGAGAAUAUCUAUAUAAUUUCACCUAUAGUGCCGAUAACGAUGUGACUGACGUGAUUGAUAACAGUGGCAACUCUCUAAAAAUUCGGCGGGAUACAAAUGGAGCACCACGUCAUUUUCUAAUGCCUGACAAUCAAAUUGUGACUCUGACUGUUGGCACAAAUGGUGGUCUUAAGGUAGUGUCAACUCAGACCUUGGAACUUGGAUUAAUGACUUACCAUGGGAACAGUGGUCUCUUGGCAACAAAAAGUGAUGAGACCGGAUGGACGACAUUUUAUGAUUACGACCAUGAAGGACGCCUGACCAAUGUAACUCGCCCCACGGGUGUAGUAACCAGCCUUCAUCGUGAAAUGGAAAAGUCUAUUACCAUAGAUAUUGAAAACUCCAACCGGGAUGAUGAUGUCACAGUAAUUACCAACCUCUCAUCUGUGGAGGCAUCCUAUACCGUAGUUCAAGAUCAAGUGAGGAACAGCUAUCAGCUCUGCAAUAAUGGUACCUUGAGAGUUAUGUAUGCCAAUGGAAUGAGUAUUAGCUUCCACAGUGAACCACAUGUCCUUGCUGGUACUGUGACCCCAACAAUAGGACGUUGUAACAUUUCCCUGCCAAUGGAGAAUGGCUUAAACUCAAUAGAGUGGCGCCUGAGAAAGGAACAGAUUAAAGGAAAAGUGACUGUGUUUGGAAGAAAACUUCGGGUCCAUGGAAGGAAUUUGCUAUCUAUUGAUUAUGACCGGAAUAUUCGCACAGAAAAAAUAUAUGAUGAUCACCGGAAAUUUACCCUCCGUAUUAUUUAUGAUCAGCUUGGACGCCCUUUUCUUUGGCUACCUAGCAGUGGUCUUGCUGCUGUGAAUGUGUCUUAUUUCUCCAAUGGACGACUAGCUGGACUUCAACGUGGUGCUAUGAGUGAAAGAACAGAUAUUGAUAAACAAGGCAGGAUUAUUUCUCGCAUGUUUGCAGAUGGAAAAGUAUGGAGUUACACAUAUCUGGAAAAAUCCAUGGUUCUACUACUUCAGAGUCAGCGACAGUACAUCUUUGAAUAUGACACUUCAGACCGACUACAUGCUGUCACUAUGCCCAGUAUUGCACGGCACAGUAUGUCCACUCAUACCUCUAUUGGCUACAUUCGAAAUAUUUAUAACCCUCCGGAGAGUAAUGCCUCAGUGAUUUUUGAUUAUAGCGAUGAUGGAAGGAUUUUGAAAACAUCUUUUUUAGGAACUGGUCGACAGGUUUUCUACAAGUAUGGAAAAUUAUCCAAGUUGUCUGAGAUUGUGUAUGACAGCACAGCAGUGACUUUUGGAUAUGAUGAAACUACUGGAGUUCUCAAGAUGGUGAACCUACAGAGUGGUGGAUUUUCUUGUACCAUUCGCUACCGUAAAAUUGGCCCUCUGGUUGACAAACAGAUUUACAGGUUCUCUGAGGAAGGCAUGGUCAAUGCAAGAUUUGAUUAUACCUAUCAUGAUAAUAGUUUUCGGAUUGCUAGCAUCAAGCCUAUAAUAAGCGAGAUACCUCUUCCAGUUGACCUUUACCGUUAUGAUGAAAUCUCAGGCAAAGUAGAGCACUUUGGCAAAUUUGGAGUAAUCUACUAUGAUAUAAAUCAAAUAAUUACCACAGCUGUGAUGACACUGAGUAAGCACUUUGAUACACAUGGGCGCAUUAAGGAAGUUCAGUACGAAAUGUUCCGAUCGCUCAUGUAUUGGAUGACAGUGCAAUAUGACAGUAUGGGAAGGGUUACAAAGAGAGAAUUAAAACUUGGGCCUUAUGCCAACACAACUAAAUACACCUAUGAUUAUGAUGGAGAUGGGCAGCUUCAGAGUGUGGCUGUCAAUGACAGACCAACCUGGCGUUACAGUUAUGAUCUAAAUGGGAAUUUGCAUCUGUUGAAUCCUGGUAACAGUGUCCGACUGAUGCCACUACGUUACGAUCUAAGGGAUAGGAUUACACGCUUGGGUGACAUGCAAUACAAAAUUGAUGAUGAUGGCUUUCUAUGUCAAAGAGGCUCUGAUAUAUUUGAGUAUAACUCCAAAGGCCUCUUAACAAGAGCUUACAACAAAGCAAAUGGAUGGAGCAUUCAGUACCGUUAUGAUGGAGUAGGAAGACGGGCUUCUUACAAAACUAAUUUGGGGCACCACCUUCAAUACUUUUAUGCUGAUCUUCACAAUCCUACCAGAGUAACACACGUAUAUAACCAUUCAAAUUCAGAAAUAACCUCUUUGUACUAUGAUCUGCAAGGUCAUCUUUUUGCUAUGGAAAGCAGCAGUGGGGAAGAAUAUUAUGUUGCUUCUGAUAAUACAGGGACACCUCUGGCAGUAUUCAGCAUCAAUGGGCUGAUGAUCAAGCAACUGCAAUAUACUGCAUAUGGAGAGAUAUAUUAUGAUUCCAACCCUGACUUCCAAAUAGUGAUUGGAUUUCAUGGAGGACUUUAUGACCCCUUAACAAAACUAGUCCACUUUACUCAGAGAGAUUAUGAUGUUUUGGCUGGACGUUGGACAAAUCCUGACUAUACAACGUGGAAAAAUAUUGGUAAGGAGCCAGCUCCAUUCAACUUGUAUAUGUUCAAGAGCAACAAUCCUCUCAGCAAUGAACUGGAUUUAAAGAACUAUGUGACAGAUGUGAAGAGCUGGUUAGUGAUGUUUGGCUUUCAGCUCAGCAACAUUAUCCCUGGUUUCCCACGAGCAAGAAUGUACUUUGUGCCACCUCCUUAUGAGCUGUCAGAGUCUCAGGCAUGUGAAAAUGGACAGCUAAUUACUGGAGUCCAGCAGACAACAGAAAGACACAACCAAGCUUUCAUGGCCCUUGAGGGACAAGUCAUCUCUAAAAGGCUGCAUGCCAAUAUUAGAGAAAAAGCAGGUCACUGGUUUGCAACUGCCACUCCAAUUAUUGGCAAGGGUGUCAUGUUUGCUGUGAAGGAAGGCAAAGUGACAACGGGCGUUUCAAGCGUAACAACAGAAGAUAGCCGAAAAAUCGCCUUAGUGCUUAACAAUGCCUACUACCUGGAAAAGAUGCACUAUAGUAUUGAGGGGAAGGACACCCAUUAUUUUGUCAAGAUUGGCUCAUCUGAUGGCGACCUUGUCACUCUAGCAAUGACAAGUGGGCGUAAGGUGCUAGACAGUGGAGUGAAUGUUACAGUGUCCCAGCCAACCCUUCUAAUCAAUGGAAGGACUCGAAGGUUCACAAAUAUUGAAUUCCAGUAUUCUACCUUGCUGAUGAAUAUACGUUACGGCCUCACACCUGACACAUUGGAUGAAGAGAAAGCAAGAGUGCUGGAUCAAGCUCGGCAACGGGCCUUGGGGUCAGCCUGGCUCAAAGAGCAACAGAAGGCACGGGAAGGCAAAGAGGGUAGUCGACUAUGGACUGAAGGGGAAAAGCAGCAGCUUUUGAGCACAGGGAGGGUGCAAGGCUACGAAGGAUACUAUGUGCUCCCAGUGGAGCAGUACCCAGAGCUGGCAGACAGUAGCAGCAACAUCCAGUUCUUAAGACAGAAUGAAAUGGGAAAGAGGUAA